CGCCGCCGCCCGCGCCGGGCUCGCUGCGGACCAUGGCCCCGGGGCUGCAGCUCGGCUCCUUCCUGCUCGCCCUCGCCGCCUGUCUCGGCGGCCCCCGGCUCGCUAGGGCCGCCGGAGCAGGCGGCGGCAGGAGGGGCCCUUUGGCCGAUGGGUGCGCAGGGAGGGGGCUGUCAUCGGUCAUGAAGAACAAUGGACUACUCAACAUCACUUUUAAAUAUGACAACUGCACUCCUUACCUGAGUUCAGUGGGAAGACACGUGAUUGGAGACGUGCAGAACAUCACCAUCAGUCAGUUUGCGUGCCAGGAACAGGUGGCUGUGAUGAUCCUUUGGACAGCAAAUGCCAUUGGUAUCGAAUACCUGAAGGGAUUUCGAGUAAUACUUGAAGAGUUAAAAUCAGAGGGAAGACAGUGCCAGCAGAUGGUUUUAAAAGAUCCAAAGCAGCUCAGCCCCAGUUUCAAACGAGCAGGGAUGGAGUCCCAGCCCUUUGUAAACUUGAAGUUUGAAACUGAUUACUUUGUAAAGAUUGUUCCUUUUCCGUCCAUUAAAAAUGAAAGUAAUUAUCACCCAUUUUUCUUCCGAACUAGAUCAUGUGAAUUGUUGCUGCAGCCGGAAAACCUUGUCUGCAAACCUUACUGGAAGCCAAGGAAUGUGAAUGUCACCCAGCAAGGUUUUAACAUGCAAGUGUCCUUUGAUCAUGCACCUCACAACUUUGGGUUUAGGUACUACUUUCUUCACUACAAACUGAAGCAUGAAGGGCCAUUUAAGCAAAAGACCUGCAGACAGGAGCAGAACACAGACACUACAAGUUGUGUUCUUCAGAACGUAUCUCCAGGGGAUUAUAUAAUUGAGCUGGUUGAUGACACUAAUACAACAAGGAAAACAAUGCAUUAUGUGCUAAAACCAGUGCAUUCCCCGUGGGCUGGCCCCAUCAGAGCCAUUGCCAUUACAGUCCCUUUGGUUGUCAUCUCCGCCUUUGCCACGCUUUUCACAGUGAUGUGCCGCAAGAAGCAGCAAGAAAAUAUAUAUUCCCAUCUAGAUGAGGAGAGCUCAGAAUCUUCAGCAUAUGCUGCUGGUCUCCAUGUGGAAAGACUUCGUCCCCGGCCAAAAGUGUUCAUCUGCUAUUCCAGUAAAGAUUGCCAGAAACACAUUAAUGUCAUCCAGUGCUUCGCUUAUUUUCUUCAGGACUUUUGUGGCUGUGAGGUGGCUUUAGAUUUGUGGGAAGAUCUGAAAAACUGUAAAGAAGAUCAGAAGGAGUGGCUAAUUAAAAAAAUAGAUGAGUCCCAGUUUAUCAUCAUUGUGUGUUCCAAAGGAAUGAAGUACUUUGUUGAAAAAAAGAACUGGAAGCACAGAGGAGUAACCAAGGAUGCAGGAAAAGCAGAACUCUUUCUCUUUGCUGUGCUCACUGUUGCAGAGAAGCUUCGUCAGGCGAAGCAGAAUUCAGCUGACCUCUGCAAGUUCAUUGCAGUCUACUUUGAUUACUCCUGUGAGGGAGACAUCCCUGCUGUUCUGGAUCUGAGCACAAAAUACAAACUCAUGGACAAUCUCCCCCAGCUCUAUUCACACUUACACUCCAGAGAUCUUAGUGGACAGGAUUCAGAGGUGUUUCCUGUUAACGUUAGUAAAAGGAAUUAUUUCAGGAGCAAAUCUGGGAGGUCCCUUUAUGUUGCUAUUUGCAAUAUGCAUCAGUUUAUUGAUCAGGAACCAGACUGGUUUGAGAAACAAUUUAUUCCCUUCCCUCCACCUUCUUUACACUACUCAGAGCCUGUCAUGGAAAAAUUUGAUUCAGGCUUGGUUUUAAAUGACUUGGUGAAUAAACAGGUGAUGGAUGGUGAUUUUUACCUGAAAACAGAUAUAAACAUUUCAGUGGGGAAUUCAGACUCUCACUGUAUAAUUCAGCACUUAAACCUUGGAGAAGAUACAGAAACUCAGGACAUUCAAGGUGGUGGCAGCUCUGUCCUUCAGCCGUUGUUACAUGUUGUUAAAGCUUCAAAUCUGAAAGACAUGCCUCGAGAUUCUGGAAUCUAUGAUUCAUCUGUUCCUUCAUCUGAAUUAUCUUUACCUUUAAUGGAAGGACUGUUGACAGACCAAAUGGAAACAUCUUCCAUUACAGGAAGUGUUUCUUCAUCAUCAGGUUUAGGGGAAGAAGAACCUCCUCUAAUGAGUACUACAAAGUUCUUAGUGCCUGGAAUAUGCAAAGCAGAACUCCAUUGCCACGUCCACGCUGAUGAACUGCAGGCAAUUGCUCCUUUAUAAUACAUGACAACAUUGUUAUGCAUUGCCACUUUAUCAACAGCCUCCGUUUGUGCUUUAACUACCACACUGUCUCAGCACCAAAUCGACUUGAAGGAACAAACAGCCCCUGAGGAUGAUCUGUUAUUCGUUUUUUUUUGUGGCCAGUACACUUGAAUCUAUUGGUCUUUUUAUAAAAAGUCUGUCACGGUUGGAAAAACAGAAGAGCAUACAUUUAAAAUUAUUCCUGUUACAGUUUAAAUGUCAUGAUAUUACACUGUUUACACAUGCCAAAAUCAGCAUUUACUAUUUUUUGCUAGGAAUAACUUUGAAACUAGGCAUAAAAUAGCUUGGAACGUUAAGCCUUAGUAAAUUUUGUAGUCCAACCUCUAAUUUUAAGUGCUGAUAUACUUGAUGGCAGAAGUGUUGUAGUGAGUGAGAACAGGAUUUUUUUCAGAAGCAAGAUAAAAUGCCAAAGGUGAGAUCAAGAAAUUCUCCAUCAGAAGAAAUAAUUUUCUUUUCAAAGUGUUUGAGCUCUCUUCUUCAGUCUCCUUUUCCCAGAUGUUGAUGUGUCUCAGUAUUUAAUUUCGUUGCGUGUCUCCCACUUGUGCAUUAAUCUCCGUCUGUGGUGACUCAAAAACAGCACCACACUGAGGCUGAAGGAUCAAUCUUGAAACAGCCAAAAAUACAGCUCCUCCCUAUGCUGAGUGAUGCCAUGGAAACUGUGUUUCCUGAUUUCUUCCGAAGGGCUAAUAUAAAGAAUAAAGAGGUGGGAGAAGGAAGACCCAUGUUUUAUGUUGAAAAUGUUCUGUGCUUGUUUAGCCACGAGGGGAGUAAGCUUUAUGGGGGUACAUAUUAUCAUUCGAGGACACAACCACCUGGGCUAAAACAAGCCAAGACAAGCAGUUAACAGGCUGGAAUACUUUGUCUUGAGCCAAGCAGUAAACAGAAGCCAGUGAGCUGUUUUGCAGUUUACACUACUUAUCACCAUUUAGUGAUUAAGGUGGUGUGCUCUCACUAGUGUUAUAUUAAGGAAAAAUGCAAGAACUACCACUGGCCAUUUUAUCUGCUGACACAGAGCACACAUGUGCUGUUUCCUGCAGUGACCAGCUGGGUAAAUUCUUAUCCAGAAUGUCCCUGCUGUUUCCAAGGAGCAACUUUGCUGAAGUUAAAUGCAUUUAUGCAACUGCAAUUCUAGGCACUAUUACAGUAAGCCUGGGAACAACAAAUACUGAAGGACACCUUACCAAUGUGCCUUUGCUAACUCUGGUCACGGAGUCAAGUUCUGUCUCAUUUAACCUGGAUUCACAUUCCACUAGCAGGAGGUUACUUUAAAGAGAAUUAAGGGAGAACUCAAAUACCUCAAAUAUUCUCUUGAUUUUAAUAGAUGGGAAUUAGACAUUGUUAACUGUCACAUUUUAUUAUCCAUUUUAAUAGCAUGAGAUAGAGCUAUUAAGUGAUGAUUUUGGCUAACUGAGUAGCUGUAAAGCUUAUGGGUUGUUUCCUUGGGUUGUUUGUUUUGUUUUGGGUUUCUUUGUGUCAGUUAUAUUUAAUUGUUGGAAUUUCCAAACAAAAGACUCUUGAGAUUGUUAUCACAGGUGGAGUAAGAAAGUGCUGUAACAAUUAUUUGUGUAUAACCGUUAAUGGCAGAACUCUGACACGCUCUGCAAUUGUAAUACGGAAUUCUGUGAGCAUUUCGAUCAGCAUGUGUUGGAUCUGGAGGGCCUUGUCCAUUAAUGAAAUGUUCCUUAUUCUCUCUGCUUUCUGAAUUUCAAAGAACACUACCUGGAAACCUUCAAAACUUGCCAUUUCUAAGUAAGUUUACGUAAUUUUACACACAUAGUGAAUCAUCUGCGCCUUUGGUGAAUUUUUUUUAAGGCUGUACCUCGGGCCUUAUUGAAGGCAAAAUUCUCCUUGUUUUCCCAUUGCUUUAAGGUCAGACUAGGUUGAUUUAGAGGUAGAUGCUCCUCAACUAAAUCCAGCUGUGAGGGAUAUUGAUUUGGUGCAGUUCUUGUUAUUUUACUGGAGAAAGGGUUUGGAUUGAAUAAGGCAAGGCAGAAAGGUGACACAAUCUAUGUGCUGAAGAUCUGCUGUGCACAGAAAUGCCAAAGCUGCACAACAAGAGAAGGAGGAGGGGGAGGCAAUUGCUUAGCAGUGAGCUGGUGAAGAUAAUGCUGCUUUCAUCCAUGGGAAGUCCCAGCUCAUUUACUGUUAUUUAAUGCUGGGCUAAAGAGUGGGAAGAUUUACUUGUUCCAUUAAAUUCCAUGGUAGAACUGGUAUUAUCAAAUGAAAUGAAGUUUUCAUUUUGAGCUCUAAGAAAGCUGAGUGUUGAAAAAGGAUGAAGGCAGUUUUACAAAGGAUUGCCUGUCAUUAAUGUUUUGGUUGUUUUUUUUUUUUUUUUUUUUUUUUUUUUAAUUUGUUCAAAAUUUGCUGUACAAUCUUGCAAAACUUAUUUGUUAAUUAUGAAAAGUCUAUGCAGAUGGCAGCCAAAUCUAGGGGUGGGAGGGAAGAAAAAUUCUUUUAUUCCUUCUUAGCUUAAGGUGGAAGCAGAUAUUGUAUUUAUGCAGGAGAAAGACAAUAUAAUGAAGUGAAAAUCUAGAUUAGGAUGGCCCACACCUAAAGUUUACAGAAGUAAGAGAAGUAAUACUUAAUCUAACUUAGUAUAGCUUUUUUACAGAGCCACAGUUCUUAAAACAAUUCGAUACUGUGUAUAUUGAGAUGCUGGAAGGACAUAGUACUGAACUGGCAAGAGUUCUUUAUGCUGAUCGGCAAAAAUCCUUGUAAAAUUAUUUUUUUAAAGAUAAUGUUAACACACAUACUCGAGGUUACCUUACUACUGUUUCCAAGCGUUAGUAAAUUCUAAACAUCAUGUUAAUGGUGUAAGGAUCCCUUUAAUUUCUGCUACAUUCAAGUGUGUGGAUAUUUGCUAUUUUGUAGUGUAUUUCUGGGAGGGUGAAGAAGCAUUGGAAAGCUGAAGGCUCAAGAUGUGGCCGUGUGUUCAGCAUUUUGAAUGAGGAGUAUUGUUGUUGCCAUAAUUUGUACCUGUCCAUGGACACAUCAGCUCUUGAAAAUAGAAUGCACCUGACACGUGCAGAAAGAAUGUUUUGUCAUACUUUAAGUUAGAAG